AUGUAUGUUUCUUUCACCAGCGUUUCCCAGGCUGCACCACGGGGAGGUUUUUUUAUCCGCUGCCGACCCACAGGAGAACACCAUCGCACAGUGGUAUCAGACCAGCCACAACCAGCCAGCUCUCUCACCAAACCCUUCGACAUAGAAGAACUCGAAACUGCACUGGGAAAGCUGAAACCCAGAAAAACAGCAGGGAUUGAUGAUAUUCUGGCAGAAAUGUUACAGCACCUGGGACCCAAAGCAAAGACCUGGCUCCUGAAGAUGCUGAACACAUGCAUGGCGCAGAAAACCAUCCCACCUGUGUGGAGACAGGCCAAAGUGGUUGCAAUCCCCAAACCCGCCAAAGACCCCUCAUCCCCAAAGAGCUACCGACCCAUUUCUCUCAUUUGCAUCACGUACAAGCUCUACGAGAGGCUGCUACUCCAACGCCUGAUGCCUCUCAUAGACACCAAGCUGACCAAAGACCAAGCUGGUUUCCGCCUUGGCCACUCCUGUGCUAGACAGCUACUUAACCUCACCCAACACAUUGAGGAUGGGUUUGAAGGGAAACUAAUAACUGGAGCAGCUUUUAUAGACCUAACUGCUGCCUAUGACACUGUCCAACACCGCACAGUGGUCAGGAAACUACUGGACAUGACUGGUGACCUGAAUCUCUGUCAAGUCAUCAAAAGCCUCCUUAACAACAGGCGAUUCUAUGUCCAGUUAAAUAACCAGAGUAGCAAAUGGAAAGCCCAAAAGAAUGGCCUCCCACAUGGCCCCUCUCCUCUUCAAUAUUUACACAAAUGACCAGCCAGUACCCCCAGAAUGCCAGCGUUUCAUCUACACAGAUGACGUCUGCAUCACCACCCAACAAGUAGACUUCCAGAAGAUUGAGUCCGUCCUUGAAAGUGCCCUCCAAGAAAUGUCCAAUUACUACAACAAUAACCACAACCACAAUAACCCAACCCAUCCAAAACCCAACUAUGCAACUUCCAUCUGAAGAACAGGAUAGUUGGAUAGUUUGUGGCCAUCCUUGGUGACGCGAAAAGAGAACUGAGCAUCACCUGGGAUGGCCACAAACUAUCCAACUAUCCACAUCCCAUGUAUCUUGGAGUCACACUUGACAGGACACUCUCCUACAAGAAACACCUGGAGAACACUAAAGCCAAGGUCAACGCCCGUAAUAACAUCCUACGCAAACUAGUGAACUCCAAGUGGGGCACAGAUACACCAACAAUCCGUGCUACUGCCAUAGUCCUGUGCAUCUCCACAGCAGAGUAUGCCUGCUCAAGCUGGAGCCGAUCACGCCACACCAAACUGGUCGACACAGCCCUUAACGACGCCUGCCGCAUCAUCACGGGCUGUGUCAAGUCAACACCUAUCCCGUGCCUGUAUGCACUAGCAGGCAUCUCUCCCCCGCACAUCAGACGAUUGGGUAUCGCUCAAGAUGAGCAGAUAACACAGGAGAUGGAUGUCAGACACCCGUUACAUGGCCACAUAGCAACCCCACGCAGGCUCCGAUCCAGAUUUAGUUUUGUUCAGACUGUUCUGCCCCUCCAGACAACCAAAGAAGCAGCAAGGGCCAACAUCUGGGAAGAUGAAUGGAAGAGCUGUGACCCACAAGCUCUCAAAUGGUUUGUUUAG